UGACCCAGAAUUCUUUUUUUCUCAUGGAUUUUCAUUCUACAAGGAUGCUGGGAAAAACUCUGUUUCUUAUUUUCUCUCUGUUCAGCUUUGUGAAUUCUGAUCUGUGCAAACCAGAUGCACCAGGCUCCUUUAAAGUUCGACUUAGUAUCAAGAAAGCUCUAGGGGACAAUGCAUACAGUUGGAAUGCUGAUGAAGAAUUUCUCUUCAAGGCUGUGAUGGCCUUUGUCAUGCGAGCACAUGUGAAUAACACAAUUCAGAUCUCCAAUAUUCUUCUGUGCAAUGUAACUCAGAGAGUCUCCUUCUGGUUUGUUGUGACGGCUCCCUCAAACAGUUCAAAACCUAUUGACAGUGCAAAAGUGAAAAAUGCUAUAAGGCUUGAAAGGAACAGGAUUAACAGUGCUUUUCUAUUAAAUGACAAUACUCUGGAGUUUAUUGAUAUACCCCCUACAAUUGCUCCUGAAGCCAACCCUUCCAGUCAAUCUUGGCUUAUCGUGUUUGGGGUGGUGACUGGUCUCCUAGGACUGGCAAGCAUUCUCUUUACAGUCUCAGGAAUCAAGCGAUAUAGAAAGAAUAAAGUAGCUGAAUCUGAAGCACAAGAUGAAUCUGAAGAACAAGAUGAAUCUGAAGACAGGAUGAAACCUGUAGAAACAAUUGAAAAUGGAACUCCUUAUGAAAACGUACAUAUUCCUGAAGGAGUGGACAAUGAGGGCUUUGAGGAUAUUACUCCCCUUUAAGACUGGAAUUUAGAUUUUUUUUUGACUGAGAAUGAACGCACUAAACUGAACCAUAUAUGUGUAUCCCUUCCAAACCAAAUAUUUGUGCUUGUACACAAGACUGAAUAUUUAAGUUUACUUAGAAAAUGCAUCAGUUCAUUGAUGGAUUAAUAGUUGCAACUGUAGAAGCACGAUGACUCUGGGUAGCAUGUUGGGUGAUGGGCAACUGUUUU